GUUGGAUUUACAGUGCGUGCUCUUAACGACGAGGGUGUUCAUCGGGUCACACGAGGUUCAACAUCGGUUUUGUAACAGAUUCAAGAAGCAAGAUGAGUAUCGAAACGCUGAGCACAAAGGCAGAUUUUGAUGCAUUCUUGGCAACUGACAAACUUGUGGUCAUAGAUUUUUAUGCUGACUGGUGUGGACCCUGCAGGAUGAUUGCACCUCAAAUUCAGGUACUGGCCUCGGAAAAUACUGAUGUCAGCUUUGGAAAGGUUAAUGUAGAUGACAAUACUGAGGUAGCUGAAUCUUGCAAAAUUUCUGCCAUGCCAACAUUUCAGUUUUAUAAAGGGAAAAAGAAGGUUGAAGAAGUUGUCGGAGCCGAUAUUAAGAAAAUUACGGAUGCUGUUGCAAAAAACAAGUGAACUGACGUUGGAGGCCAGCUAUCCCAGUAUGGAAUCACCAAAUUAUAUCUCACUGCUGUAUAAUCAGGUUGUCAAUAUUCUUAAUUUCUGUGGAUAUAGAUUUGGUACAUCAAUGUGGAAUGGGUUGUAAUUAAAGUAAUAAUUAUUUUGAGUUUGCCAAUUUAAACUUUCAGGGGACACGAGGCUUUGUAGCAAGAGUACUUGAGAUACAAAUGUUAGGCAAUCAUCAUUGAUUAAGGGGGAGAUUUUUUCCCAAAAAGACUCUUAUUUUGUCAGAAAAGACUAACUGGAUGAUUAGCAUAUGAAAAUUAUCCCAAUGUGUUUCCAAAAAGCUAUUAAAGGGUAACUAAUAUUAUAGAUUGAUCAGGAAGAAACUUGAUGAGGAACAAGAGGAAAGUGUGUAAUCCAUUACAAUUUAAGUGUACCAUAUCUCCACCAUUACACUGUUUUCCUAAAACCUGUAUACUACAUUUAAAUAUUGUUAUUAGUAUAAGUUGUACACCAUAUCAUUUAUAUACUAAUUGAUUGAGUUUAGGAACAAACAUUGGUCAUGGAGUAAUAAAGGUUGAAUCCGUUUUUUAAAAACAUUAACAUUUGUAUAGUCAAGAUUGAUUGGUUUGUACAAAUUACAUUUAUAUUUGCAAAGAAUUUGUUUAAGAAACUUUUUUUUUUUAUUUAUUAAAUUAUGCUUAGAAAGAGACCAUUGAAUAUUUUAUGUACAUUGUACAAUGAUGACAAUAAUGAUAGUUUUCAGGGAGUUUCCUCCUUAUUUGAAUGAUAACUGAAUUUGUUAUAAUGAGGUUUAGAGUUUUCUUAGGAAUUUGAUCAAAGGAUA